CCGUCUUUUUCCACUGAACAUUGUACAAAUGAAAUCCAGCUGCUAUCAAGAGUCUUCUGUUAUUCAUGACUAGUUUGUUUAUCGGGUUUUUGGUUGAGAAAUACGUCGCUUAUCAAAGUCGGAAAUCCGAUUUCCGAUGGUAUCGUUUUCGUUUUUCACCUUGCUUAAUGCGUAAGAGGGCUGAAAAGUCUGAAGCGAUUUUGGCCUUACUUGAUAGUUUUCAGUGCAUCUCGAAUAGUUAGCCUCCCCGCAGACGUCCUUUGGGGUUCGUUUGUCACGCAUUCAUUUCUCCCCCACGGACGUCUGCUAAACACAGCCGACAUUUACGUUCACCAAUCACAGGCCGUUUACGGAUUUUUGUAUAACGUAACCCGAGCCGCUUCUUAAGAUUCGCACGAUCAGUGAGGCUUUUGAUAAACAAGUAUCAGAGAGCUAUCCUGUAAAUUUUAUAGCGAAGACCGAUGAGUUCAUAAAUUUGCGGACGGGAUUUGGCAAAUCCCUUUUCUAUCAAGCUUUGCUGCUUGUUUGCGACACAGUGCGUGGAACUACUGCACAUUAUUGUUGUUGUUGUUUCUCCCAUGGUAAAUCUUGAAAGAUCAAUCUACAAAGCUGGAAAAUAUUGGUAUUCCUGCUGUAACGCUCAGUGAUAUUAGCAAAGAGAAUAUGAGGGUUGUCGAGAGAGGGACUUUCUCUGUUGUUUACGGAAGCCCAGAAGCUUGGUUGAAAAUCGAUCGGUGGAGGAAAUGUUAGCGAGUGACUUGUACAGUUAGUAUGUGGUCCUUGGUCGGCGACUUUCCCGAGCAUGAUUAAUUUAAAAUAUUUCGUCGAGAAAUAAAACACAAUGAACAAUGAAACUUUCAAUGAUUUAUUGAUUAUAAGCAUUCUUUCUUUCUUUGAAGGAGCGAGAUUAAAGUUUGUUGACAGGUAGGUUAAUUUGUCGUUCUAGCUUGAAGUUUGGACUUCGGCGGCACCGUGGUCAUGUUUUAUACUUAGCUUGUGAAUAAAUAAAACGCAACGGGAGGACGUGCCUUUUUCCAGAACAAGUUUUCAGAUAAACCUUUUUCCGCCGUUGGAAGCACAUUGCUGCAGACUUCGAAUUUUUUGUUUUACCGACUCUUGAAAAAAUAUAACCAAAUUUUGCGUACUGGUCCUUGGUCCGCGACCCAUGACCUUGGUGGAAUUACAUUUCGCAAAAAAGGAAAUGGCCUUUGUUUUCGAAGAAUGCUUUGAAUAUCUUCCCUAUACACGUUUACAAGUUCUCUUUUCUUAAUACUUCGAAUAUAUACAGAGUUAAUAGUAAUUAUUGUUUUCGACCGCGCUGAAAACCGCUCCGCGCUCGUGUGGGAGACUGUUGUCUGAAGUCUUUCAAAGAAAAGCAGAUUAUUUUAUAGUCACAACUUCCGAAAAAAUAUACAGCUGACUGCAGCUUUACUACAUCGUUUUUGUGAUUUUUUCAAAACGUUUGAGUCGUCUCAGGUAGAAGAUAGCCGUGCAAAUAAAUAAUUCACUUGAGAAUACAAAGACAUCACUUAUAUCACAGCGCGUGAUUGGCUGAGCGUGACACAAUAACUGACUGCUUAUUGGCUUAUUCAAACAAUCCAGAACGUAAAUGUCGGCUGUGUUUAGCAGACGUCCGUGGGGGAGAAAUGAAUGCGUGACAAAGGAACCCCAAAGGACGUCUGUGGGGAGGCUACUCGAAUAGUAGGCCUGAGUAAUUAUUUUAUUUGAUGUUUGUUUUUUAUAUCUAAUUCAAUGAAGUCGAGUGUAGUUUAUGGGGCUAUUUAGUUUAUGCACGUUUGUAAGAUUUGAGACAAUGAUCUGACCGAGUAUCAGGUUUGAUUAUAAACUUAUAAAACUUUAAAAAACCUUCAGACAUUUUCUCACCGCAAAUAGAAAGAAAACGUUCCAAAGAAUAUUUAGUUAUAAUUCUGGCUGUAAAAGAAAGCUUUGAGCUAUUUUCUUGCCUCGAGUUCAUCUUUGAAAAACGCAAACACCGGGAAGCCGGCUUAAAACAUAAACAAGGAUUUUCAGAGACACUUUAAUACUUGUCUUCGUGAAUGAAAAUUGUUGUCUCUGUAUAUGUUUCACCGAAUUAUUUUCCUUUUGCUGAUUGUUAGUAGUCUCUUUUGCAAUUUUCAUCGCUGUUGUGCCGUUUGUUUUCAGUCGCUCAUGAACAUAGCUUGCAGGAGUAGUCAAAAUGCCGCGCGUAUCAAACGCUUUUGAAGAUUACACAUCGUUAUAAAGCCAUUAUGUUGAAGCGUAUAACUGCGUUAAUCUUAAUUUAAACAGUCGACUUUGGCGCUUAUCAAAAGUGAGAACCGGCUCGCCGUGUAGGUGAUUUUGGAAAUUUUUUUAACGGUUUCGCUAACGUAUGCUUCGAUCGUCCUGAAUAUUUAAUUAGUGCAAUUUGUAGUGCAAAAUUGUGAAAUACUGCAUUCUGUCCGAGGUCUAUAUGAUAAAAACAGCGCCUCAUGGUACUAUUUCACCUCAGAUGUGAUGUAUAAAAAGUAUAAAAGGUUGGUUUACACGUCCCCAGACUUGUUGGCAAGAUGUUGGAAAGUAAACUUAUCGAACGCAAAAAAUUCGGCCUGAUUUGUUUUCCUAAUGUACUGUGAUCAAGAACCAUUACGGCUAUGCUAUUUUUUAGGUGUACAUAUAAGGCUAUCAAGUCGAUGUAAGAUUAAUUUCACUCUUAGCUUGGACUGUUUGCAAAUUACUUUCUCUAAAAUUACUUAGCCUUUCCGUCAAAAGUCACAUGAAUGUGCUCCAAAGUUAACUGAUUUGUGGAAUACAAAUUGAAAAUUGUUUGAUUUAAAUUAUAAAUUCCAGUUAGUAGGAGCUCGCUUUUAGCCCUGGCUAAAUCUAUAUAUUAUGUCAUUAACACGCAUAGAAGCCCCUCUAGGCUGCUCAUUAGUGGCGGAGGCGAGAUCUCUUCCCAAGAGGGUACUACCCAAGUUGACCCGUUAGCAAUGCCUUGGUAUGCAAUUAACACCGUUCACAUGAUCACUAGGUCUCAGGGCAUCAAUUCCGCAAGUCAAGCACGUCUGGCUGGCGGAUGAUUCCGCGGGUGGAGGGAGCAUAGAGACACUUUAUCAAUGGUACAAGAGCUUAUACGAGGAAGGGAGAAAAUUCGGCUAUAUCGUUUAUAGUGCUAAAAGCUGGUUAAUCGUCAAGACCAGUGAACUGGCAGAGAGUGCAAAGAAGGUGUUUGGCGAUGAAGUGAACAUAUCGCUCGAGGGAAGACGUCAUCUCAGUGCGGUCAUCGGAUCAAAAGAGUUUUUAAAGGAUCACUAUUGUCAAGAGAAAUGGAGUCCCUCACGGAGAUCAGCAAGAGCCAGCCCCACGCUGCCUAUGUCGCUUUCACUAAAGGAUUUAAAUCCAAAUUCACUUAUUACUUACGCACCAUCGAAUCGUUUGAAGAGUAUGUGGACCCCAUCGAAGAAGUGAUUCACACUUCCUUUCUUCCUUCAUUAUUUGGACGAGCGGAGCCUCUUCCUGAAGAACUUAAGGACCUUGUCAGUCUAUCACCUGCGCAGGGCGGGAUUGGGAUUCCCGAUCUUAAGCGCGAAAGUCACUGGAGAAGUUCAAUGAAUCGAUUGAUAUAA